AAGAGGGAGGGAAGGUGAUGGUGGAGGUGGAGUUGAGUAAUUUGAGAGAGAAGAAAUUGUUGUGGUUGUGGUUGUGGUUGUGGUGUGGUAGCUUAGCUCCUUAUCCUUAAUAUCAACAUGUUAUCUAAGUUGCACUCAAAUCCCUUUCUCCCAAUUGCGCUUCCACGCCAGAUUCAGUCUUCUUUGUUGAACAGUAAGUGCAUCUCAUUCACACAUCCACAUCCUCCGUCUCCAUUCGAAGUUCAUUAUUAUCACACAAGAUUAAGAACAAGAAGAAGAUCAAAUUGCCGUUGUGGUUCUGGUUCUGGUUCGGGUUCCGGUUCCGAUUCUGUUUCGGAAGGGCGUAUGGCUGUUUCAAGUUUUCUCCAACAAUUUGGGGUGUCCGAGGAAGAUUCCCUAUCCAUCGCAUCAAACUCACCCGCUUAUCUGAACAUGUUGAUGGAAGGUGUGAGGGAUUUGGAGCAGCUGUGGGAUUUCGAUUCUGAUUCCGAUAAACAAAUUGCGGGCUCCAACUUCAAGGAGAAGCUUCUUCAUAUUGCUGCUCACAAAGGUGACAAUGGGAAAGUUGCAUACCUAGAGAGUCUGGGAUUCACUCUCUCUUGGUCUAUGAAUCUCGCUAGAUAUCUAUCUGAUGACACCCUCCCCUCUCUCAUGCACAAGGUUACAUAUAUGAAGCAACUCACUCAUUCUGAUGAAUUCCUUAUCAAAAAUAUUCGCCGCAUGAUGCUCCACUUAUCAAUUUCAAUUGACGAAGAUCUACAACACACUCUAUCCUUUUUCGAAAAGGUUGAAGCUAGGCGUGGAGGUUUAAACGUUUUGGCUUCCAAAGAUUCCGCUUUCCAUUAUUUAGUUGAAUCAUUUCCCCGUCUACUUUUGUUAUCAGUAAACAACCACAUGACACGUACUGUGGAUUUCCUCGAGAGUAUAGGAAUCCCCAGAUUUCGCAUCCCAAACAUAAUAUUGGGUUUUCCUCCCAUUCUGCUGUGGAAUGUUCAAGUCCUGAAAACUAGAGUCCUAGCUUUGAAUGAGAUUGAUGUGGUGGAUAAAGAUCAUGUCAAGUUAUUGCUAAAAUAUCCUUGGGUCCUAUCUACAAGCAUUCAAGAGAAUUAUAAGGAGAUCCUUGACUUUUUAUAUUCCGAGCAGAUUCCUAAGACAUGGAUAGAUAGUGCAAUCAAAAGCCAACCUCAUCUAUUGGGUUGUUCAACUAGCAAGCUGAAGUUGAUGUUGGAUCACAUUGCUGAACUAGGAGUUCAAAGCAAAAAGUUGGAUCGAGUUAUUGCUAAAAGUCCUCAGCUACUAUUACGGAAGCCGAAAGAUUUUCUACAGGUUGUUCUGUUCUUCGAAAAUAUAGGUUUUGAUAAAGAAACUAUAGGGAGAAUACUUGCCCGCUGCCCUGAAAUUUUUGCUGCCAGCAUUGAUAAAACUCUACAGAGAAAGAUUGAGUUCCUUUAUGGGGUUGGUGUUUGUAAAACUUACCUUCCUAAGGUUAUCAGAAAGUAUCCAGAAGUACUUCUGUCUGACAUUGACCAAACUUUACCGCAACGGAUAAUGUACUUGAUGAAGUCAGGGAUUUCAGAGAAAGACGUAGCAUUUAUGGUACGUACAUUUUCUCCUCUCCUUGGGUACAGUAUAGAGGAGGUUCUGAGACCAAAAAUAGAAUUCCUGGUAAACUCAAUGGAGAGGCCACUAGGAGAUGUGGUGGACUACCCUAGGUAUUUUAGCUAUUCAUUAGAAAAGAGGAUAAAGCCAAGACAUUGGGUGCUGAAAGGAAGGAAUAUCGAAUGUAGCUUAAAGGAUAUGUUGGGAAAAAAUGAUGAAGAGUUUGCCUGUGACUUUAUGGGUGUCGGAGGGAUGCUCGAUCCUCCUCCUCCUCCUCCAUCUUCUCAUGAUAGGUUGUAAAUAUCGUACUUACUACUUUUCGUUGCCAUUUCCCUUCAGAAAUUCAGCUUAUCACAACGGAUACUGUCGGGUCCCUUUUAAUCAUUUUUAAAAGAAAAUUUUUUCCUCUAUUUUCAAUUACAGUAAAAAUCAAUCGAGUUUUUUAAAAACAAAAAGUGGACACCAAAUGAGAAACUAUUAUAUGAUUAAUAGAUGUACGUUUUUAUGAUCUCUGCAAGCUGCUCCGACCUAGCUUUAUUCACUCUUCUAAGAAAA